CUACUCGAAACUUAGUUAUGGAGCCUGUUUUCUCAUAUGAAGAAACUUCAAAGUUAGCGGUGGCUGGGAGGCUUUCUGAGUAUGACCACCAUUUUGUAACAUCAUUUACCCAUCGCUCAUAUGUCUACUUCAUGUUCUAUCGGAGCGACUUACAGUCACCAUCAAGAGAGUAUCGCACAUAUGUUUCCCGUAUGUGUUUGGAUGAUGCUGCAUAUUAUUCAUAUGUAGAAGUUCCGUUAAGUUGCCGUUCAGCUGGAGGAAAGAAUUAUAACCUCCUAAAAGCUCUACAUGUAGGCUUACCAAAGUUAGGUAAGGCUAUGGGUAUAGAAAGCCCAACUGCUAUGGAACAAGAGGUCCUGUUGGGGGUGUUUUCGAGCCAUUUCGGCUCCUCCAGUCGGCCAAAUGAAGAAUCCGCAAUAUGUGUGUUUUCACUUGAGGAAGUGGAUAAACAUAUCAAUGCUACAAGAGAUCUGUGCUACACUGAAAUGGGUCGUGCAGAUGGAAAAGAGGUUGCAUACAUUGAGUAUGCAGUCAAAUCAAACUGUGCCAAUCUUCCAGGGAACACUUUGGAUGCUUACCCAUGUGGCUCUGAUCACACUCCUAGUCCAAUGGCAAGCCGGGUGCUUGUGGAAGCUGAACCAAUAUUUGACAGUCCAUCUGUCCGUCUCACUGCUGUAGCUGUGAGUGUAAGUCAGGAACACACUAUUGCCUUUCUAGGAGACUCCCAAGGAAAUUUACACAAGGUAUAG